AUGCCGCUGUUGGAGUCAACAUCGUCGCGACCAACACUUCCGCCGUCCAUCUCGUCUCCCUUGUUCCCCACCAGAGUCAUUACGACUGAUCACAUGUACCAUGAACACAGUGCGGAAUCCGCCUGCGGCUGUUAUCUCGCCCCUCCCCAUCGCAACAGACCGUUAACCGCAGUUGGCAAGAACGACGAUGACUAUGACGGUGAGGGCGAGGUAGACAGGGCAAACAACAUGAAUGGUCUCUACCGCAGUGCCACAUCCAAGCCUGUCAUCGAUACUCUACAGAAUUCCUAUGAAGACGACCCAGAAUGCCCUUCCAACAGCACCACCAGCAACCCCAUCCCCGCGCCUUGA